AUGACGAGCGAAUCAAGUAAAUUGAAUAACAAUCAACGACAUAGUCAUGAUGACUCGAAUCAAAAUUUGAGUGAAGAAGAAUGCGCAUCAUUAAGAAAGCAAUGCGAUGAAGUGACAAAAGAAAAUACUCAAUUGAAAGAGGAAAUGCUGAUAUUGAGAAAAACCAUUCAAGAAUUGGAAGAUUGGAACGGUGAUUUCUCAGGCGGAUCAGAUACAACAUCUUCUUUACAAUCAACUAUCGAUUCUUUGACUUCACGGAAUCGACAAUUAGAAAAUGACUUGCAACGUUUACAACUUCAACAGCGAAAUAAUCAACUAGCACUUGAACGUUUGGAUGAAUACGAAGAAACCAUAUCUCAAUUGCAAGAUGAACUCGAUCAAGAACGUUCGAAUAAGAAGAAGUCUCAAACUGAUAAAGAUGAAGAUGUUAAUCAUCUUCUUUUCACAGAAGAACGAAAGCGCGUAGAAGAAUUAUCUCAUCAUUUAGAAGCUGUACGUCGCGAAUCCGAAGAGAAAAGCUUGCAAAUAGAAAAUGAACGAGACGCUCUGCGAAACUUCAAACACGAUCAAUUGAAGGAGCAAGAAAAUCUUCGUAAGAUGCACGAUCAUCAAUUAGCUGAGUUGAAUGAACAAAUCCAAUCGUUAGAAAGCAAUAAAAUUGAUUUGAUUAAUCAACUGGAUGAACUACAACAACAAUUGCAAUCAAGAGAAACGCAAAUUCGAUCAUUUCAGUCUUCCACUGCGACACCUGGUUCGCCUCCCAUGAUGUCUUCCUCGACUCAUGAUCGUCAAUCCGAAGAUGAUAGACAACAGUUAACUUCCAUCUAUGAACAAUUACUCACACUUCUACCUGGUGAAUAUUCACUGUCAGAUAAUGUAGCAUUGUCGUUGGUAGAACGUUUUACAAAUUUUUUCGAACAGUUUGCCUCCUACUUCGGAGCAUUAUCGAUAGUACAAGAAGAACUUGAUUCGUUAAAACAAAUACUCAUUGAAAAACAAGACGAACUUGAAAAACUACGCACGCAUUUUGAAGAGCAACAGUCUGUGACAAAGAAAACUCAUUUCUAUGAAAGUGAUGAUGAAGGCGAGCAAGAAUUAGAAGAAAUUCUUGAUUUUCAUCAGCGAGCACCAUCGCGACAAUCAUUGGCGUCGGUCACACCUGGAGAGAAGCAACAGCUAAUCGCCCAGAAUGAACUUCUCUCGACUCUACUAACAGAAAAAGAACAAGAAUUGAUCUUUUUACAACAAACCGAGAAAACACGAGAAGAACUCAUGGAAAAUCUACGACUGAAUCUACACAAAUCAGAAACGGAGAAAGAAAUGAAACAAACUGAAUUGAAUGAUAUACGAAAUGUCUUGGAUGAGAAAUUACGCGAAAACUCCUCGUUGAAGAAGGAGAAAAUGUAUUUUAUUGAAAAAUUAUCUGAAUUCGAACGUGAACGACAAGAGAUCAUCCACAUCGCACCGAAACAAGCAUCGCCCGCACCAUUAACAAUACAAGGAAUAUCUCAAGAACAGUACAACGAACUUCUUGAAGCAUCUCAACGUCAACAUGAAGAAUCUCUAGCCUAUUACAAUGAAUACACUCGAAUCGUUACACUCUACAAUGAAUUGAACACAAAGUACAGUCAACUUCAGAUCGACUAUGAAUCUAUUCAAACGUUGAUUCAACAGAAAAACGAAGCUUAUUUGCAAUGUCAAAAUGAAUUGAAUACAUUUCAAAAUCUAUUAUAUCACCAAAAGAAGAAAUCGGAUGAUAAUGAUCUAUUAACUGCGAAAUUAAAUGAACGGGAACAGCAAUUGCAAGAAAUGGUUGCGAAGAAGAAUGAAUUGAUAACAAGACAAGAGGAAUUGGAAUUAUCAGUGAAAGUGCUAGAAGAAAAUAGUUUACGAUGGAAAUCGAGUCAGCAGUUGUUCGAUCAAAUACAAAUCGAUUUGAAACGUACCGCACACGAACGAGAUUUGGCCAUUGUUGAGAAAAAACAAUUGGAAAAUGAAAUCCAAGCCAAUCGAGAGAAGCUUUCGAAAUUAGAAGCAAAUACACAUCAAGACUCAACCAUUGCUCGUUUAAUAGAUGAAAACAACGAAAUCCGUCAAUGUUUGGAAAGCGCCAAUGAAGUGUUGAAAACAAAAGACUUACUCAUUAGUGAACUUCAAAGUGAUAUUGAUACUAAAGCACAACAGAUCAUUGCUUGCCAAGAAAAUUUUCAAUCAUCAAAUAGUACACGGGUAGAGAAGCAAUUGGUGAAAAAUAUUCUUCUGUCGUACUUUCAAACACCGAUUGAUAAACAACAAGAAGUAAUUCCGAUCCUAGGUGCACUAGUAGAAUUUACUCAGGAUGAAUACGACAAAGCGAUGAAUGCGAUAUCGAAUAAUUAUGCUAAUAGUACUAGUUCCGGUUGGUUAAGUAGUUGGCUUGGUGGUGGAUAUCCUGUUCGAACAAAACCUUCAUCGAGUACUCAGCCUGAUAAGUCAUUUGCUGAAUUAUUGAUUCAAUAUGUUGAUCAACAAUCGCCAACCACACUCAACCCCGAUGUAUCGAAUGCGAAGAGCUCUACGGAUGAGCAGUCUAAUACAGAACAGAAUACGAGCCCUUCUACCCAAUCAUCAUCGAUAAAUACUGACAAACUUUUAACAAUUUGA